GCGUGCGAGGGGGCGGCGCGGGGGGGUCCCUCGGAAAUGCAGCGGCGGAGCAGCAGGUGGUGCUGCCGCUCAGCCGCAGGAGCGAGCGGGGGGUCCGCAGCCGCCAUUAAACAAUAGGAGCAGCAGCAGCGAGCGAGGCGCGGGCGAGGCCCGGGAAUUGCGCCGCUGCCCUCCCCGUCCUUCCGGCCCUUGGAAGCCCGGCCAGGCCCGCAGCCCCGAAGGAGGCAGCAGCGGUAGCAGUAGCGGUCUAGACGCCUCCGAGGCCUUGCCGCGCCCGGGGGGGGGGGGGCUCUGCAACUACCUCGCUGCCGGGCGAGCAGCGGCCCGGGGGGGGGCUCCGACUCUCGGCGGGCGCGGGGCAUCCGGCCCGGCCCGAGCAGCGGCGGCUGGAGCCACCCACAAAGGCCGCUGCUACCGACGCCGCCUGGUGCAAAGUCGCCGCCUGCGCCUCCUCGCGCCCCGGCCGCCUUUCCCCGCUCGGCGGCGGCAGCAGCAGGAGCAGCCGCGGGUGCAGCCGCAGGAGCUGCAGCCGGAGGGCCGUCCGGAGCCGGCUCCCUUCGGUUUGGCUGCCCGAUUGGCAUGAUGUUUCCGCAAAGCCGGCACUCGGCUUCUUCUCAUCUGCCUCAGCAGUUGAAGUUCACAACUUCGGAUUCCUGCGACCGGAUUAAAGAUGAAUUCCAGUUGCUCCAGGCGCAAUAUCACAGCCUGAAGUUGGAAUGCGACAAACUGGCCAGCGAAAAAUCGGAGAUGCAGCGCCAUUACGUGAUGUAUUAUGAGAUGUCCUAUGGCCUCAACAUCGAAAUGCAUAAACAGGCUGAAAUUGUCAAGCGGUUGAAUGGCAUUUGCGCCCAGGUGUUGCCAUAUCUGUCGCAAGAGCACCAACAGCAGGUCCUGGGAGCUAUUGAGCGUGCCAAACAAGUGACUGCCCCUGAACUCAAUUCCAUCAUUCGGCAACUCCAGGCCCACCAGCUCUCUCAGCUGCAGGCGCUGGCUUUGCCCCUCACCCCGCUCUCCGUGGGCCUGCAGGCCCCUUCCUUGCCCGCCGUGAGCGCCAGCACCGGCCUGCUCUCCCUCUCUGCCUUGGGCUCCCAGGCCCACCUCUGCAAGGAAGACAAGAACGGACACGACGGAGACACCCACCAAGACGACGACGGGGACAAAUCCGACUAGGUGGAUCUUGUCCGGCUGGGGGUUGGGGGGGGCGCGAAGGGCAGCGUGGGGCGAUCGGGGGGGGGGAGCAGAAGAUGCCACCAUUUAAUCCAAUUCCAGGGGUAGCGGGCGGGGUGGGGGAGGCGAGAAAAAAUUGCAGCAAUAACAUUUGAGCUCCAUUGUUUUCCUGCCCCUCCUCCGUUCCAGCCCCACAGCAGGCAUGAACGGUUCCCCAAGCAAUUUGGGGGGGGGGUGUCUUUGCAUAUAUGUUAAGGGCCAGGUGAGGAAGGGGUGUGAUUCCCCCCCCUUUUUUCUAUCUCCCCUCCACCUUUUUAAUUAAAUCCAAAAUAUUAAACUUGCAUCAGAAUAUCCGCAGUGCGUUCUUAAACUGGGUUACUCCCUUCCCAACCCAGGCAAUUGCUUGGCCCGUUGGACAAGAAACCAUAAUAAACUGGGUUAUCCAAGUUAUCCUAGAUUUGUGGGGGAACCAGAGAUCCUGGGAAUUCGCCUCCCCCCCGCCGCCCCCAUCCCACAUUCUAGCUGGCAGAUUUUCCGCUGCAGGUGGGGGAGGACAAGUCACUGGGACCCUCCCAGCCUGUAUAUUUGAAUCUUGGCCUUCUCAAGAUGGGUGGACUUCAACUCCCAGAAUACCCUGGUCUCACUUUUAAGAAACCCUGACCUAGAUUGAUCGUGUGGUGGAGGUGGUUAAGAUGGCAUUGUACAGGUUGUCCUUGACUUAAUGUCCCAAUUUCCUUUGCUAAUUGAGGCGGACGUGAAAUGGCUCGCGCCUGAUUUGACAAGGUUUUUUUUCACCCGUGGCUGCUAAGCGAAUUCCUGCAGGAAGGGGAAUGCUGGGAGUUGAAGUCCACACAUCUUAAAAUGGCCACAGUUGAGAAACUGAGGCCUAGCCAAAAAAAAAAA